UAAACAAUGUGACAUUCUUCAAUAUUCGCGCUUAAUGGUAACGUCGUCAGUAGAUGUUCAAGGAAAACAAAUGCGGAGGAACUUAUCUAUACUGAUAGUAAAAUGCUUAUUCUUUGACAAUUUAUUACGUCACGCAAUAUCCAAUUAUCAUGUGAAAAUGUUAAUAUACUAAGUAUAACGUGACAUGUGUCAUUGUAUCAACGGAUAUAACGCCGAAAAAUAAAAUUGAAGGUUAAAGAGAUUUUAGUUAACAAUGGCAAAUACCGGUUUAUUAAUUUUAACGAAUCCUACAAAAAUAACAAAAUUAUUACCAAUAAUUAAAAAUCAUGUAUUAAAAACUCUGUAUAUUCAAUACUUUCCGGAAAAGAAUAUAUUUUCUUCUCGAAAUCAUACAUUUACAAAUUUUCCCUGGAAAGUAAGUUCUUAUGCUCAAACUGUUUCUAAAAUUUAUAUGGAUACAUCCACUGUAUCUCCACCACUAGAUAUUCGAGUAUUACUUACAAGUAUUAAAAAUCCUAAUUUGUCAACAAUAAAUACCAAGAAGCCUGUGGAAGUUGUUAUUUUUGACCAAAUUUAUAGUAAGAAUGAAGCUUCUACAUUCAUACAAGAGUAUCUAGCUAAUACUUCUAUGGACUGCAGUUUUGUUACUUUUGAUGAUAAUCAGGAAGAAGAAAAGGUAAACGACACUUGUAUGAAUCAGGAUGGUAUUAAUGAGGAAAAAAUUUAUAAAAGUGUAGUACUUGGUGGUACAUUUGAUCGAGUACAUAAUGGACAUAAAAUAUUUUUAAGUGACGCUGUAUUGCGUUGCUCAGAAAAACUUACUGUUGGUGUAACCGAAGUAAACAUGUUGUCUAAAAAAUUAUUAUGGGAACUUAUAGAACCUUGCUGUACAAGGAUCCAAAAACUUAAAAACUUUUUAGAAGACAUUGAUUCAACAUUGACAUAUGAUGUUGUACCAAUAACUGAUAUGUAUGGUCCAACUAAACACGAUCCCACAUUUGAAAUGAUAGUAGUUAGUGAAGAAACUAAGCGUGGAGGAGAUAAAAUAAAUGAAGCACGUAUAGAAAACAAUUUAAACAAAUUGGACAUACAUGUUGUGAAACUAGCAAAUGAUGAAAACCACAGAAAUCAUGAAGAAAAUAAAAUUAGUUCUAGUAAUCACAGAAUAAGAUUGCUGGGUACACAACUUCAACCUCGGAGAAUAAAAAAUAAACCUUUAAAACCUUACAUUAUUGGUUUGACUGGUGGCAUUGCAAGUGGAAAAUCAUCAGUCAUUGAAAAAGUAGAGAAAUUGGGUGCUGGUCUUGUUAAUUGUGAUAAAUUAGCACAUGAUUUAUAUUUACCUGGUAAAAAAUGUUUUGAUGCAGUAGUUGGACAUUUUGGUUCUACUAUCUUAACAUCAGAUGGAUUUAUUGAUAGAAAAAUACUUGGCAACAUAGUUUUUAAUGAUAAAGAACAGUUAAAUAAAUUAAAUAACAUUGUUUGGCCUAUAAUUUUAGAAGAAGCAAAGAAACAGAUAAAUGAUUUUUAUACAAAAGGAUUUGAUGUAAUUGUAAUGGAAGCUGCUGUAUUAAUUCAAGCUAAUUGGCAGGACUUCUGCCAUGAAAUUUGGACAUGUAUUAUUCCACAAGAAGAGGCUGUAAGACGAGUGAUAGAAAGAAAUAAAUUAACCGAAGAAGAAGCCAAAUUAAGAAUUCAAGCUCAACCAAGUAAUCUAGAACAGGUUAAUGAAGCUAAUGUAGUAAUAUGUACUUUAUGGAGUCAUGAUAUCACCCUAGAACAAGUGCAAAAAGCAUGGGAUGAAUUAAUGGUAUUUUUAUCUACACAAACAAAAAAGUAAUAGUGUAUUAUUAAAUUAUCAGUUAUAAUACAUAUACAAAAUUUACAAAUA